AUGUAUCUAAAGAAUCCAGCAAGUGGGUCAAUGAAAGUAAAAAUUACCAAGCAUUCAAUUAGAGUUGGAGAUCGUGUUCGGAUACUCAAAGGUAAACAAACAUUCAGAAAAGGAUAUGUGCCAAAGUACAGCAGCGCCAUUUAUACGGUUGUCAGUGGGAACGGAUAUUUGUUCUCAAUUUCAGAUGAUAACGGCAAUGUUCUUGGAAAGUCUUACAAAUAUUAUGAACUCAAGAGAGUUGAAGGAACGGAGACGUUUUUGAUUGAACCGAGACACAGAGAGCCGACAAUGACAAACAAGGAGCGUCGCAACAAAAGAGAAUUACAAGAACUGGCAAGAGUUCAAGGCCCAGCCAACAAAAAGAGAAAGACAUUUGGAGCAACUUAUUUUCUAGAGUAA